AAAUUUAAACUACAUGACUCAUGAGGUAUAAAGUUCAGCGUCCAAAUUCCUGAAUUCAAGAAGUUGAGUGCAACUUGCCCGGAAAAUUCGACGGAAAAUGAGCGACUGGGCUUCAUGCACGCUGUGUAGAACAGGACAACAAGGACUAGAGGUUCUUCAGAGGGCACAGCAACGACAAGUGGAAUGGCCACAACAGCCUCAUCAUACGAAGCCCCCAAUACAGGAUGCCAUGAAGCAUACCACCAUCGAUGACGCUUUCAGCAGCAUCUUACAGUACAUGUCCACUACAACCAGACAGUGCCGGCGGUAUUACCGGAGCUCCCCUCCAACUCAACACAAUCCUUCCGACAAACUGCACACCAGAAGGUUCCACACACCGCAAUAUACAGAGUUGCACACGAAACACCCAUUGCUUCGUUCUGAAGAUGUCCAUGUGGUAGUAGCACCAGGAACCUAUGCAGUGACUGCCGGUGCGUGGGGCACCGCUCAGCAACAGACCACCCAUGUGGUUCACGUCAACCAAGGACAGAGCGUCGACUUAGACUUUGUACUUUAGCAGUGUGUCAUUGGUUUCCAUCAUCAUUGCUGUGAAAUAUCAGUAGGCCAUCAGCCUCGAUCAAAAUUUUGGCCACCGGUAUCAAGUGAGGGGAAUAAUCGUCAUUGCGAUUCUUAGCAAGGUAUACACCUCGGGAGUUGGAAAAUAUGUGAUAGCAUUGCAGCAGUGGCAGCUUUUUGGGUGUCAUCACCUUUUUUUCAAAAUGUCCAUCAAAAUGCUUGUUACCACUCUAGGGGCGGUAUACCUUGCGCAUGCUCACUAUAAUCGUUUAUGCCCUGAUUUGAUACUGACCAAACCCCCUGGCUGAUGGCCUACAGGGAAGCAUUGAAAAGAACCGUGAUAUUGUACAUGUGUAUUCGUGUCUGGUCUCCCGACUGCAAACGGCACUGCAGCAUAUAGAAAUGAACAGCAGACUGUUUUUGCCGUUUAGCUUCAAUGUGGUUUCAUAAGGUGUUAGCGAAAACGUGGCUUUCUCUAUGGCUUUAGCUUCAUCGCCACCUUCAGAAUCUUCUUUACAGAAGCCUGCAACCAAGGGAAAUUCUCGAAACCACACAUUGACCUCGCACUGUCGUAUUUUGAUAUUCCUGCAACAGAAAAUGUACCUACAUGUAUAUUAGGGCCCCAGUGUCAAGUCUGGGGUCUAAAACCAUGAAGCUGGCGCCUGCAGAACCAGACCUGUAAGCAUUGCCGAUAUUUCGCAAACCCCUAUAGCCUCCACUUGUACUUGACUGGG